AUGUCUUUCUUACAUAGUCACUCUUGUGAAUGUAUAAAAUCUGAAUUAGAUUUGUUUGCUUUACCAUCAACACAAACAAGCAUAGAAAGUGGAAUGUGGGUGCAAUAUAAACCAAUAUCAUCUUUAGCUGACGAUGGUCCUAUAGAAUUUCAAGUCCCUGGAACUGGUGAUGACUAUAUAGACUUAUCUCAUACACUGAUUCAAUUAAAAGCAAAAAUAUUAAAUGAGGAUUCUUCAAAACUGGCUGCUUCAACUGUUGUAGCACCUGUAAACAAUUGGCUUCAUUCAGUUUUUACUCAACUCGAUGUUUAUUUAAACCAAAAAUUAGUUUCACCUCCAAACAAUACAUAUGCUUAUCGAGCUUACAUUGAAACUCUUUUGAAUUAUUCAUCUGAGGCAAAACAAUCUCAUUUAACGUGUAGCCUUUGGUAUGAAGAUACAGCUGGUAAAAUGGAUUCAACCGAAGAAAAAAAUUCAGGUUUUACUAAAAGACAGCAAUUAGUUUCAGAAAGUAAGGAAGUUGAAAUGAUAGGACAUCUUCAUGGUGACAUAUUCAAUCAAGAAAAAUUUUUAAUUAAUGGCGUUGAGAUGAGUAUUAAAUUGGUGAGAUCACGUGAAACAUUUAACCUGAUGGCUCCAACAGACGAUGUUAAAUACAAAAUAAACAUUACAGAUGCGACUCUCCUUGUUAGAAGGACAAAAAUUAACCCCUCUGUCUUACUUGCCCAUCAAAAAGUCUUAGCCACCACAACUGCAAAAUAUCCCAUAACUCGAGCUGAAGUAAAAGUUCUAACGAUACCGUCAGGGGUCCAGGGUAAGACAUUAGACAAUAUCUUUUUGGGUCAAGUACCUAAGAGAUGUAUAGUUGGAUUUGUAAGUAAUGCAGCAUUUAAUGGUUGUUUGUCUAAAAAUCCGUUUAAUUUUGAGAACUAUAAAAUGAAUUCCUUUUGUUUAUAUAUUGAUGGUCAGCAAAUACCUUCAAAAGCUUUACAACCAUCUUUUGGUAAUAAUAUUUUCACUGCAACCUAUCAUACAUUAUUCUCAGGAACAGGGAUACAUUUUCUUAACGAAGGUAAUGGGAUAUCUCACGAUAAGUAUUCAAAAGGUUAUUGUUUGCUAGCAUUUGAUCUCACACCUGAUUUAUCAGCCAAUUCAUCUAGUCAUUGGAAUCUAAUUAGACAUGGUAGUGUUAGAUUAGAAGUUCGCUUUAAAUCUGCUCUGACUCAAACGAUCAAUUGCGUUGUUUAUGCAGAAUUUGAUAAUGUCAUUGAAAUAGAUAAAAAUCGUAAUGUAACCGUUGACUAUAGUAGCUAA